AGGCUCCUGCACCACCCAGCCCCAGCGUUUGCAAACGGGUGAAAUGCAUUGAUGCCAACUCCCUUCCUGUUCCAUAACCCCGACUAUAGCAUUGUUCUCCUUGAUCUUCCCUCUUCGAUCCAGCAUGCCCAACAGAGUCAAUCCAGGCUGGCCUCCACUCCAGUCAUUGAGAUCCCUUACCCCAGCAACGAACCUGGGGAGCAGAAAAGAGGCUCUCUCCUUGCGGCUCUAUCAAUUGAUGAUCAGGCCCUCCACUCAUCAUUACAACAUUGCAUCCGUGAGGCUAUAGCCACUCUUCAAAAGGACUAUAUUCGCGGCCAAAACGGCAAUUGGCACGUGCCUCGCCCUGAAGUCUCUCGACCUAAUAAAUGGCCACGAGAGUUACCGGCAACCCAGGCACGAGCCUCGUCCGGCAUUUGUCACGGCUUGAAAAACUCUACUCACGGACCACUCCAGCCCUCGGUGGUGCCCAUGAUACUGUCAACCACCGAAUGGCGCACCGUAUUUCCCUCUCUUCAGGCUCUGUCGGGCAUUGUUAUUCACAAUCCCCCACUCCCUUGGCCACGGACAAGCCUUAUGUCCACCGAUGAAGGCGAGUUUGUCAUUCCUCCCGAAGCCACGUUCAUCCACGCGACACUUGGAUCCGGUCUACAGAGUUUUAUCCAUGGCUCCCAAACGCUUUUCGCGCCUCAUGUUCCAUUAUUUGAUCUUAUAUUGAUGGACCCGCCUUGGACGAACCGUUCGGCACGUCGCUCGAGCCAUUACCUCACAGCGCAAGACCAGCCAGUUGAUCCAUUCGACCAGGCCGUGCAUAUUGUGCAGCGCCACCUACAAGAUCCAGGCCUGGUGGCAGUAUGGAUCACGAACAAAAGUUCCAUUCGACACACGGUGCUAGACCGGUUUCGGACCAUUAACAUGGCGUUGUGGGAAGAAUGGGUCUGGGUCAAAGUAACAAGUCAGGGGGUUCCCGUGACCCAAUUAGAUGGUGUCUGGCGCCGGCCCUAUGAAUUAUGCCUUAUUUUCCGUCGAGCUAGCCAGCCUCCUGGCAUGACGACGGUUCAACCACGACGUCGGGUCAUUGCUGCUGUCCCAGACCUACAUUCACGUAAGCCCAGCCUCAAGCCGCUUCUGGAGCAGCUGUUGCCAGAUAACUACCAAGCGCUUGAACUCUUUGCCCGGGGUUUGACGGCAGGCUGGUGGUCAUGGGGCGAUGAGGUGCUCAAGUUCCAAAGCAUGGACAAUUGGGUGCAGGACGACGUGGCUCGUCUAGAGUAG